AUGAAUGUCUCAAAAAAGCCUUACACAAAAGAGAAGCUUGUUUUUCUAUGGUUUAAAAAUGUUCUUAUACUGACGUUGUGCUUCUGGACAUAUCAAUAUUACAACAAUGCCCUCUGUGAUGAACUCUUGGAAAGGAACAUUAGUGUAGAGAGGCCAAUAUACCACAGAGAUAGAAGAAUAUUACAGGGAUUUGACGAUAUCCAAAACACAAAGAGUCUGGGACUAAGGGAAUUUAGAAGAAAUAAAAAUGGCCAUUCCUAUUUAUGCCCUAAAUCGGUGUUUGGUCCUAAUUCCGAGUUGGAGGGUGAAAAAGAAGAAUGUGAAAGAAGUCACUUAGGAGAAAAAAUUGAAAAUUCGCACGAAUCCGAUGUAAUAGGCGAAAAUGAUGAUAAUAAGAGUUCAGAAAUAGAGAAAACCAUUGUAAACAGUGAAGGACCUAAAUUGGUACUGGGACACAAGGAUUCUGAAAAAUGUUAUUUGAGACAGAGUUCUAGGAACUGUAAUAAUUCCUCUAGCACACAUUUUGCGUGUGGAGGAAGAAGCUUAGCUCAAUAUGAAAUGUACCAUGAAGCACAUAUUCCAGGAAGAAGUGGACAUCUACCCCCUCAUAAUAAUAAAUACCAGCCACAGCAUGUCGGAGGAGGGCAUAAUAAACAUCCAUAUCCGAAUAAUUUUGGGUCCAACUUUGUAGAAAGGAGAAAUGCUCCUGGUUUUGGAGAAGCCUAUGAUAGUCAAUUUAAUAGCUUGAUGAAAAUGUUAUCAGAUUGUAAAGAGACAUGUGAAUCGCAAUUCGAGGGAGUGAAGAAGUUUAUUACAGAUCAGGCGCAAUUGACACAGCUUCCCGUCCCAGGAAUAGAAAAGAUUAUAUCAGGUUGCAAAGAUUGGGGGCAAAUGGCUUUACCUGGAGUGAAGAAAAUUAUAUCCGAUUGUAAGGAGGUUUAUGAUUCUCAGAUUACGAACGUCAAACAAUUUUUAUCAGAUUGUAAAGAAACCUACGAUUUUCAAUUUAUUCAAGAUGCAGGAAACCACCCUCACUACAGUGGCUACUACGAGAAUCAGCAGACGGGAAACGGUAACAAUCCGCCACCUUACCCACCCUAUUAUGGUCCACCCCAUACACAGAGGGGGGUGGGAAGAAAUGAGCCCCAUUAUAGUGUUAAUCACCAGUAUCAAAGUGUAACAAGUGCGUCUAAUCAGUCAAAUUACGAUAGGAAUUAUCGAGACAAAUCCCAGGGCCAAGGGGGAAAUACACAAAUUCAUAGUGAGAAGUAUGAUUCUCACCAUGGAACAAGGAAUACGAAAUUAUCCUCUUACCAUGAAUACAACAAUCAGGAUCACUACUCAGAAAGGAGUAUACCGAAAUGUAAUAAUUACUACCAGUCCCAAUAUGGACAUAGAAACAGUAACUAUCCAAAUAGUAGUGGCCCUUACAGGGCACCCCAUGCUGGUGGGCAUGUUAUUCCUCCCAAGAGUAGUAAAAAUUACGACGAACCACAUGUUGGUGAGAAUGCUGAUCAACCAAGUAAUAGUGAUAAUUACAAGGCUCCCUAUACUGGUGAAAACGCUAAUCAUCCCAAUAAUAGUAGCUAUUACAAAGCACCCUAUGAUAGUGAAAGAGCAAAUACGGCAAAUCAUAGAAGCCUUCUUACCUCAGACUAUAAGCAGUCAGAAGCCAACUCAUCUACAUAUACUCAAGAGUAUGGCCCUCAGGAGGGAAAGGUACAAAAUUACACAUAUGGUGGUGGCAAUAAUUAUCAUCCUCCAGAAGAAAAGGCUAAAAGUAACACACCUUACAGGGUAGGGAACCUUGCACCUGACACCGAGCUAUCAGGGAACAAAAUGGCAAGUGUUGCAAAUUCCCCUAACGAGAGGGGACCCAAUUUAAGUACCAGGAAGAAGAUGCUAGGGAGUAAGGGGGAUUUAAAAUCAGGGCAGGAACUGCAAGAGAAUAACUUAGCUGAAGACAAGAGUGAAACGUGCCCCAUGGUAUCACCUAAUGAUCCGGCGUUAAAUCCUGGGAGAAAUUGCGAAUCAGGAGUUACUGAGGAAAAGACAACUAUGGCGAAAUUUAGAAUGAGCAUUCAUUCCCGGGGAAGUGCAGUAAGACAAGAUAUAUCCAACAAUGAAAACAUUCUGGGAAAGGAAUGUGCAGAAUCCAGUAGUAAAACCAAUCAACAUUUUCCUAGUUCUAGUUUAAAAAGGAAUUCGUAUAACAGCGAAGUGAAUGUUGCAACAAAAAUGGAACAGGAUAAAAAUCUCCCAACCCUAAGUCAACAAAGGCUCAAUUUGUCAACCAUGUCAAAAGAGAACACCCAAGCACAGGGCAAGAACCAUUUUCACUCCCAGAUGAAUAAGCCAGAAGAUAAAGCAACGAAAACAAAAGAAGAAUCUGGAGUGAGCAAUUCAGGGCUAAGACAAGAAAGUUCCCAUAAUAAACCCCAUCUUAAUUGCAAGGGGCAUGGCACAAGCAAUGUGGAAGAGGGGGAAAGAAACAGGAAUCUUUUAUCACAACUGUCAGUACACAAAACUGAAGCCGGAAAAGGCAACCCUUUGGACUCCAAAGUGUAUAAAUCAACAACAACCCCCUCAGGAAGAACCGGGAAUCCAGAACUAGACCUGUCCGCUAUGACAGGGAAAAAUUCAGAUAAUAAACUACACUCUUAUAGCAGCAAGGAUGACGGGGAGACUAGCAGCCACCUGAGUACGGGCGAGACCAGUUUAUCAGGGAUGUCACUAAGGGGGAUCCCAGUAAAGGAAACCCCGGAUUUUAACACUCAGAAGAGUAAACCAGAGCAAAAUACAGGAAAAUCUAUCGAAGAAUAUCCCCUGGAAGCUACCGGUAACAACAGGAGUCCUUCUAAUAAUCACACACAUCUUCAUGCUAAGGGAAAUAACACAGAAAAUCUCUCAGGGGCGGAAAAGCACAAAGUCCUUUUGUCACCCCUGUCAAAAGAGGGAAUCAUACAUAAGAAGGAGGAGCCUAAUAAUUGCAGCAGUUAUAGUCCCGAAAAUAAGCCAGUAGAAAAUAAGAGUUGUUCUAAAAUCAGCACUACCAGUCUGAAGGGAAUAGCUGCUCAGGAUAAAGUGCCAAUUGGUUUGGAACCCGCAAGCUCCAGUCCUAUGGCAAAAGGAGGUAGGGAACAGCAGGCUAUCUCAACCGUGCCAUUAAAACAUCCCACAAGUACAAGCGGAAGCCGUUUUCAUUCUGAAAUGUAUGAACCGAAAAAUAAGAAAUCGGAAAGUGCGAACCGUCAGACAAAGGACAAUAAGGGGAUAGAGCAAAUUCCUCGCCCUGAUGGACUAAAGCUUGAUACCAACCCUAGUCGAGCGGAAAUUAUACCAGAUAGAAGUAGCGGAAGGUUACAACUGGAGAAUGCAGAAGAGAGCAAAAAUAAGUCCAACCUCAGCGAAGGUGCUAAUGUAAAAACUGAUAAGGAGGAUAGCAGACCAGGGGAAUGCAAGGGAAACGAAACUGAGAUCAAAGCAGUAGGGAAAACUCCCCUAGAGUGUAGGAUCAGUUUCAGAGAACACCCUUAUGGCUCAAAACCCAGCGACGGAAGGAGCGAAGCUAGUUUAAGAGUGAAUAGUGAAUUAUUAAAGGACCAAUCGAAGGAUUCUAAGGAGCCUGUUAAAUCUAACCAAGGGGGAUCCCGAUGUAGUUCAAGUAACAAAGAAGUGAAUGAAUCAAAAGAUGUAAAAUUGGACAGUGAUAAAGCAGGUACUAAGAAUGUGCAUAAUGAUUUAGAUGAAAGUUUGAAAGAUUCAGAUCCGGGCGAAAAUACCCAAGAGAAGGGGAAAGGGAAGAAGAGAAACUGCUUUAAGCAAUUCACCAAGAAAUUCAGGACAGGGCGCCAUAAAUCUAAGUAA